AUGGAGGUGGAGUUCUCCUCUCAGCACUCCAAAGCAGGAAUGAUCCGUGUGUUCGGUAAGAAAUGCGCCCAUCCCGGGUGCGUCAAGCAACCGUCAUACGGUAAAGCCGACAGCAAGAUGGCGGAGUUCUGUGCCCAACACGCGCUGCACGGCAUGGUCCACCUUCAUGCUAAGAAGUGCGGUCAUCCAGGGUGCACGAAGGGGCCGUCAUAUGGCAAAGAUGGCAGCAAGACGGCUGAGUUGUGUGCCAAGCACGCCAAGCCAGGGAUGACAAACGUGAAAGACAAGAGGUGCCGCAAUCCGGGGUGCACAAAGCAGCCAUUGUAUGGGCAAGACGGCAGCAAGAAGCCGGAGUUCUGUUCUCAGCACGCGCAGCAGGACAUGGUCGAUGUUCGUAGUAAGAGGUGCGAUCAUCCAGAUUGCACGAAGAAACCGUCAUAUGGUAGAGACGGCAGCAAGAAGCCGGAGUACUGCUCUCAGCACGCGCAGCAGGACAUGGUCGAUGUUCGUAGUAAGAGGUGCGGCCAUCCCGGGUGCUCGAAGCAGCCGUCAUACAGAAAAGCCGGCAGCAAGAAGGUGGAGUUCUGCUCUCAGCACAGGGAGCGAGCAAUGAUCAAUGUGCGGCGUGCGUAA